AGUUGUUAUAUUGUUAUCCAUCCUAUUCCUAUCCACUUGAGGAAGAAAUGCAUCAUAUCUGUGUUUGCUGCAAGGGCUUGACUCCUCUACCUCCUCCUCCUCCUCCGCUUCACCAAAGACGAAACACUCUAGUCAUUACUUUUGCUUCAAAGUCUGGAGGAGGAUUUUCACUUAACUCGUUACUGAAAAGUUGUAAAAGUUGCGGAGGAAAGGGGGCAAUUGAAUGUCCUGGAUGUAAGGGGACGGGAAAGAAUAAAAAGAACGGAAAUAUAUUUGAACGGUGGAAAUGUUUUGAUUGCCAAGGAUUUGGGCUAAAGAGCUGUCCCAGCUGCGGAAAGGAAGGCUUAACACCCGAACAAAGAGGAGAAAGAUAGGACUAAGGAUUCAAACUUGCACUUUUCUCUCAAUUGAUCAACCCCCUUACCCCCUUGAUGCAAUUCUACACUCAGGCUAUAAAUAUAGGUUAUGUUUGUGCAUUUUUUUGAAACUUUGAUCAUUUAAAUAUUAAACUUCAGAUUUCAAAACUCUUUUAGAGCAUAAAAUUUAGUGCUCUCUUGUAUGGUGAAACUUUAAAACUCUUUUUAUAUGUUAAAACUUUAAAACUGUUAUCCAUCAUGUGACUUAUAUAGUUUUGAUUAUAAAAUAUUA